UAAAGACCCACUGACUGGCUUCUCGAUCCUGAGAACUCCGUUCCCGCUGCGGAAUCGAGUGGUGGACGUGGAGGGACAGCUUAUUUCGAACACUCUGCGGGGCACACCCGGAAGUGGCGCCCUAAGGGAGCUGCGCCGCCGCUGGAGGCGGGUGCCAGGUACCGGGAGGUGGAGGAGACGCCACGCUUCUGACUUUGACGACUCUGUACCUUAAAGGAUGUUAGAGUCAUAUGUGACUCCAAUUUUAAUGAGCUAUGUGAAUCGCUACAUCAAGAACUUAAAGCCGUCAGAUCUACAGCUUUCACUAUGGGGUGGAGACGUGGUUCUCAGCAAGCUCGAGUUAAAAUUGGAUGUGCUGGAGCAGGAGUUGAAAUUACCAUUCACGUUUUUAAGUGGACAUAUUCAUGAACUGAGGAUCCAUGUACCAUGGACAAAACUGGGUUCAGAACCAGUGGUAAUUACCAUCAAUACAAUGGAAUGCAUUUUGAAACUUAAAGAUGGAAUACAGGAUGACCAUGAAAGUUGUGGUUCUAAUUCUACCAACCGUAGUACUACUGAGAACACAAAAUCAUCAGUAAAACCCAGAAGAAUUCAACAGGCUGCUCCCGCAGAUCCUGAUUUGCCACCAGGUUAUGUGCAGAGUCUGAUUAGACGAGUUGUAAAUAAUGUAAAUAUUGUUAUAAAUAACCUUAUCCUAAAGUAUGUGGAAGAUGAUAUUGUCCUUUCAGUCAACAUCACUUCUGCAGAAUGCUAUACAGUAGGUGAAUUAUGGGAUCGUGCAUUCAUGGAUAUCUCUGCAACUGACCUGGUGCUGAGAAAAGUUAUCAAUUUUUCUGACUGUACAGUUUGUCUUGAUAAACGAAAUGCUAGUGGUAAAAUAGAAUUUUACCAGGACCCUUUAUUGUACAAAUGUUCCUUCAGAACUCGUCUGCAUUUUACAUAUGAUAACCUCAAUUCCAAGAUGCCUUCUGUAAUUAAAAUUCACACCUUAGUAGAGAGUUUGAAACUUUCUAUUACUGAUCAGCAGUUGCCUAUGUUUAUCCGUAUAAUGCAACUUGGGAUUGCUCUUUACUAUGGAGAAAUAGGAAAUUUUAAAGAUGGAGAAACAGAAGAGUCGGCCUGUCAUAAUAAAGAUGUGUUAGGAAAUGUUACAGGUGCCGAAGAUGAAACAAGAUUAGAUAUGCAGUAUCCUUCUCAGUACAAAGGCCAAGAGUUAUAUUCACAGCAAGAGGAUGAACAGCCACAGGGUUGGGUGUCAUGGGCCUGGUCAUUUGUGCCUGCAAUUGUGAGUUAUGAUGAUGGAGAGGAAGACUACCUUGGGAAUGAUCCUACAUCAACCACACAUCAACAGAAAGCACAGACUUUGAAGGAUCCUAUUGUUUCUAUAGGAUUUUAUUGUACAAAGGCAACUGUGACUUUUAAACUCACUGAAAUGCAAGCUGAGAGUAGUUAUUACAGCCCUCAAAAAGUAAAAUCUAAAGAAGUUUUGUGUUGGGAACAAGAAGGAACUACAGUUGAGGCCCUUAUGAUGGGAGAGCCUUUCUUUGAUUGCCAGAUUGGUUUUGUAGGUUGCAGAGCCAUGUGCCUUAAAGGAAUUAUGGGUGUUAAAGAUUUUGAAGAGAAUAUGAAUAGAAGUGAAACUGAAGCCUGUUUCUUCAUUUGUGGUGAAAAUUUAAGUAUAAAAGGUUUGACAUACCUCACAAAUUCAUUGUUUGAUUACCGAAGCCCAGAAAAUAAUGGUACUCGUGCAGAAUUUAUCCUGGAUGCAGCUAGUCAUAAGGAGACAUACACUGAGAUAGCUGGAAUGCAAAGGUUUGGGGCUUUUUACAUGGAUUACCUAUAUACAAUGGAGAAUACCAAUGGCAAAGGUUCUGCCAAUCAGCAAGACUUUUCUUCGGGGAGAAGUGAAGAUUUGGGAACUGUUCAGGAAAAGUCUACCAAAAGCCUUGUUAUAGGACCUCUUGAUUUUCGCUUGGAUAGCAGUGCAGUACAUAGAAUUUUAAAAAUGAUUGUUUGUUCCUUGGAACAUGAAUAUGAACCAUAUAGUAGACUAAAACCAGAUACUAAGGAUGAAAGUGAAACAGUUCUAAAUCCUGAAGAAGUGGCAUCUUUGGAGGAAUAUAUUCCUACUCGACAUACAAGUGUUACUCUCCUCAAAUGUACCUUCACAAUUUUCAUGGCUGAAUUCAACUUGCUGGAUCAUUUGCUACCUGUCAUUAUGGGAGAAAAGAACUCAAGUAACUUCAUGAAUACUACAAACUUCCAGUCUCUUCGUCCUUUGCCAUCCAUUCAGAUACUAGUGGAUAAAAUUAAUCUGGAACACUCUGUGCCAAUGUAUGCUGAACAGUUGGUGCAUGUGGUCAGCGGCCUUACUCAGCCUUCUGAUAAUCUGCUUCAUUAUUGUUAUGCACAUUGCUACCUUAAGAUAUUUGGUUUCCAGGCAGGACUGACUUCUUUGGAUUGUAAGGGAUCUUACUGCUUACCUGUACCGAUUAUUCCCUCUUUCAGCACUGCUCUUUAUGGUAAACUUCUGAAACUACCUACAUGCUGGGCUAAGAGAUCUCAGAUUGCCAUAACUGAAGGUAUUUUUGAACUUCCAAAUCUCACAAUUCAAGCUACAAGAGCACAGACACUUUUGCUUCAAGCAAUAUAUCAAAGUUGGUCUCAUACUGGAAAUGUCAGCUCUUUAGCAGUGAAUGAAGCUUUGAUGAAUGAAGUUUUCCAAAGUAUAGGUGUGAAAUCUAAGAAUCCCUUGCCAACUCUUGAGGGCUCAAUCCAGAAUGUUGAAUUGAAGUACUGCAGCACAUCAUUGGUCAAAUGCGCCUCUGGGACCAUGGGAUCAAUAAAAAUUUGUGCCAAAGCCCCAGGUGACAAUGGAAAAGAGAAGUUGAUUCCAUUGCUUCAGGGUCCUUCUGACACUAAAGACCUUCAUAGCAGUAAGUGGCUCAAUGAGAGUAGAAAGCCAGAAUCUCUCUUAGCUCCAGAUUUGAUAGCCUUCACAGUCCAAGUUCCACAAUAUAUGGACUACUGCCAUAGUUCCGGUGCUGUGCUUCUUUGUAGUAUACAAGGACUAGCAGUAAAUAUUGACCCUAUUUUAUACACAUGGCUCAUUUAUCAACCUCAGAGACGAACCAGUAAACAUAUGCAGCAGCAGCCUGUGAUACCUGUUCCUCUUGUUGUGCCAAUUAGCAGAAGGAAGGAGGAUGAGGUGUCUGUUGGAAGUGCGCCCUUGGCAAAGCAACAAUCAUAUCAGGCCUCUGAAUAUGCCAGCAGUCCUAUAAAAACAAAAACAGUAACAGAAUCCAGACCAUUGUCAGUUCCUAUGAAAGCCAUGCUGAAUAUAUCUGAAGGCUGUAGAAGCCCUGAAGAAAGAAUGAAAGAAUUUAUUGGAGUAGUAUGGAAUGCAGUAAAGAGUCUCACACUACAGCUUGAAGUACAAUCUUGCUGUGUGUUCAUCCCAAAUGAUAGCUUGCCUUCCCCGAGUACAAUUGUAUCUGGUGACAUUCCUGGAACAGUGAGAAGUUGGUACCAUGGACAAACCAGCAUGCCUGGGAUGCUUGUCCUCUGUUUGCCUCAAAUCAAGAUUGUUAGUGCUGGCCACAAGUACAUGGAACCUCUGCAGGAGAUUCCAUUUGUCAUCCCACGACCCAUCCUUGAAGAAGGUGAUGCUUUUCCUUGGACCAUCAGCUUGCAUCAUUUCAGCAUAUAUACCCUUUUUGGAAAACAAGUAACACUUUGCCUAGUGGAACCUAUGGGUUGUACCUCUACUCUAGCUGUUACAUCGCAAAAACUGCUCACUGCAGGACCUGAUACGAGGCAUUCAUUUGUUGUCUGUCUGCACGUUGACCUAGAGUCACUUGAAAUAAAAUGCUCGAACCCCCAGGUGCAGCUCUUAUAUGAGCUAACUGAUAUCAUGAAUAAAGUCUGGUGUAAGAUUCAGAGGAGAGGCAAUCUCAGUCCUUCUUCUGCUCAUCCAGAGAGCUUGGCAGGGCCUGUUCCUAGUUCUCCGGUUAGAAGCAGUAUAGGCACAGCUCCUCCAGAUACCAGCACAUGUAGCCCAUCUGCUGAUAUUGGAACUACCACUGAGGGAGAUUCUGUACAAGCACUUGAUGAUUCACCAUUCUCAGAUUCUGUUACCUUGGAACAAACUACAAGUAACAUUGGUGGAUCCAGUGGUCGUAUUAGUUUGUGGAUGCAGUGGGUGCUCCCCAAAAUUACUAUAAAGCUCUUUGCUCCAGAUCCAGAAAACAAAGGCACAGAACUCUGUAUGGUCAGUGAACUAGAAGAUCUCAGUGCUUCCAUAGAUGUCCAGGAUGUGUACACCAAAGUGAAAUGUAAAAUAGAAAGUUUCAAUAUUGACCACUACAGAAGCAGCCUUGGGGAAGAGUGUUGGUCUCUGGGGCAAUGUGGAGGUGUCUUCCUUUCCUGUACUGACAAGCUGAACAGACGCACCUUGUUGGUUCGACCCAUCAGCAAGCAGGACCCUUUCAGUAAUUGCUCUGGCUUCUUUCCUUCUACAACUGCAAAACUUCUAGAUGGCUCUCAUCAGCAACAUGGAUUUCUCUCUUUGACAUAUACAAAAGCUGUAACAAAAAAUGUUCGUCACAAGUUAACAUCAAGAAAUGAGCGAAGAAGUUUUCAUAAGUUAUCUGAAGGUUUAACAGAUGGUUCCCCUCAUUUUCUUCAUGAAAUUCUUCUUUCAGCACAAGCUUUUGAUAUUGUCCUUUGUUUUCCUUUACUUAAUGCCAUUGCAAGUAUAUUUCAAGCAAAACUACCAAAGACCCAGAAAGAGAAAAGAAAAUCUCCUGGUCAGCCCAUGAGGACGCAUACACUGACUUCACGCAAUUUACCUUUGAUUUAUAUCAACACAAGCGUAAUCAGAAUUUUUGUUCCAAAAACAGAAGAAGUGCAGCCAAGUAUUGAAGUUAAUCAGGCAGCAAAGGAAGACACCAUGGUUCUGAAGAUUGGCUCUGUUGCUAUGGCUCCCCAGGCUGACAAUCCCCUUGGCAGAUCAGUCCUCAGGAAAGAUAUUUACCAGAGAGCCUUGAAUUUAGGAAUUCUUCGAGACCCUGGAUCAGAAAUUGAAGAUAGACAAUACCAAAUAGAUCUGCAGUCCAUCAAUAUUGGUACUGCACAGUGGGAUCAACUAAAACCAGAGAAGGAAAGUGGAACAGGAGGGGUGCUAACAGAGAAUGAAAGAAAUUCUCAGAAUCCAGCCCUUGAGUGGAAUAUGGCCAGCAGUAUACGACGGCAUCAAGAAAGAAGAGCAAUUUUGACUCCCAUUUUAACAGAUUUUUCUGUCCGAAUAACUGGAGCACCUGCCAUCAUUUUCACCAAAAUAAUUUCUCCAGAAAAUAUGCACACUGAGGAGAUUUUAGUGUGUGGCCAUUCCUUGGAAGUGAAUAUAACCACAAACCUGGACUUCUUCCUAAGUGUGGCUCAAGUUCAACUCUUACAUCAGUUAAUAGUAGCAAAUAUGACUGGACUGGCACCAUCAAGCAAAGCCACAGAGAUCUCGAAACAAGAACAGAAAAAAAUGGAUGCAUAUGAUGGAAGCAUGGCUGAGACCUCAUCUCGAUACAGUGGUGCUCAGGACAGUGGAAUCGGCAGCGACAGUGUUAAAAUCAGAAUAGUGCAAAUAGAGCAGCACAGUGGUACCAGUCAGCAUCGCAUUGCGCGUCCCUCCCGCCAGUCAUCAAUUGUAAAAAAUCUAAAUUUUAUUCCUUUUGAUAUAUUUAUUACUGCAAGUAGAAUCUCACUAAUGACCUAUUCCUGUACGGCCUUACCCAAAUCGAAAUCACAAGAACAAAAGGAUAAUGAAAAAACAGGCAAGAGUUCAUUAAAUCUCCCAGAGGUUGAUUCAGAUAUCACAAAGCCGAGCCAGGCGUGUAUUUCCAUGGUCACAGCAGAUGAUCUCUUAAGCAGCAACGUAUCUUUUCCUUCAGGGAAAAAAAUUGGGGUCAUCUCUCUUGAAAGUCUUCAUGCAUCCACAAGAUCAUCUGCUAGACAAGCACUUGGCGUCACUAUUGUUCGGCAGCCUGGACGGAGAGGAACCGGUGACUUGCAGCUAGAACCCUUUUUGUACUUUAUUGUAUCCCAGCCUUCUUUGCUUCUGAGUUGCCACCACAGAAAGCAGCGAGUGGAAGUAUCCAUUUUUGAUGCUGUGCUUAAAGGAGUAGCCUCUGAUUACAAAUGUACAGAUCCUGGGAAGACUCUGCCUGAAGCCCUUGAUUACUGCACAGUUUGGCUGCAGACAGUGCCUGGAGAAAUAGACAGCAAAAGUGGUAUUCCACCUUCCCUUGUGACCCUGCAAAUUAAAGACUUCCUUAAUGGACCAGCAGACAUCCACUUGGAUAUAUCAAAGCCUUUGAAAGCAAACGUGAGUUUUACCAAGCUGGAUCAGAUAAACAACUUUUUAAAGAAGAUACAAAGUGCACACUGCAGAGAAACUUCAGCCCUGUCCGACACCAUGCCGAAUAAGGAUGAGCUUCCAGCCUCCAGGUGUUACCGUGGAAAGUUGUCUAAACUUAAAGUUCAUGGUGAUGGGACACAGAAGAUUCCAUUUACAGAAAACGUGUGGAAAACUGUUUCCUGCUUUCAAAAAAUUUCUGUUCAUACAACUCAGCUUGUGGUCUCCAUGGAAACUGUCCCCCAUCCUAAUAAACCAUGCCUGUUAGCAUCUUUAUCAACCUUCAGUGGAAGCCUUAAUGUGAAAGCAACACAAAAAGUACCUGGUGUCAUUCUUGGAUCAUCAUUUGUACUCAGCGUAAAUGAUUUUCUCCUUAAAACAAGUCUCAAAGAAAGAAGUCGGGUUCUGAUAGGACCAUGCUGUGCUACUGCCAACCUGGAAGCUAAAUGGUGUAAACAUAGUGGCAACCCAGGCCCAGAACAGUCCAUACCAAAAAUAUCCAUUGAUUUAAGAGGAGGUCUGCUCCAGGUUUUCUGGGGUCAAGAACAUUUGAAUUGCUUGGUUCUUCUACAUGAAUUACUCAAUGGAUACCUUAAUGAGGAGGGAGCUUUUGACGUGCAAGCUUCUGAAGCAGUACCACAAAUGCCAUCUCCUAAAGAAAAGAAUCAGAUGUUUAAAGGUGAACAAAGUUCAGAUGACCUACGGACAGGUCUAUUUCAAUAUAUACGGGAUGCCGAACCUUUGAAAAUGCCUGGUGUCUAUGAAGUCUUGUUUUACAAUGAAACCGAAGAUAGCCCAGGAAUGAUGUUGUGGAGGUACCCAGAACCGAGAGUGCUCACCCUUGUACGCAUCACUCCUGUGCCAUUCAACACCACAGAGGAUCCGGAUAUUAGCACAGCAGACCUUGGUGAUAUGCUACAGAUUCCUUGCAGUCUGGAAUACUGGGAUGAACUCCAGAAAGUUUUCGUUGCAUUUCGAGAAUUUAGUCUGUCUGAAAGCAAAGUUUGCGAACUGCAGUUGCCAGAUAUCAAUCUUGUGAAUGACCAGAAGAAACUGGUAUCCUCAGAUCUUUGGAGAAUUGUCUUGAACAGCAGCCAAAAUGGAGCUGAUGACCAGAGCUCUGCGAGUGAAUCUGGUUCCCAAAGCGCUUGUGAUCAACUUGUAACUCCAACAGCCCUGGCUGCCUGUACCAGAGUUGAUUCCUGUUUUACCCCAUGGUUUGUCCCAUCUCUUUGCAUUUCCUUCCAGUUUUCUCACCUGGAGUUCCAUCUUUGUCAUCACCUUGAUCAACUAGGCACAGCUCCACCGCAAUACCUACAGCCAUUUGUUUCCGAUAAAAACGUGCCAACUGAACUAGAAUAUAUGAUUAUUUCCUUCAGAGAACCACACAUAUAUCUGCGACAAUGGAACAAUAGUUCUGUCUGUCAGGAGAUCCAGUUCUCAGCUCACGCUGACUGUAAACUUUUGGAGUGCAGAAACGUUACGAUGCAAAGCCUGGUGAAGCCCUUCAGCAUCUUUGGACAGGUUGCAGUUUCCAGCAGCGCAGCAGAAAAGCUGAUCGACUGCGCCAUCGUCAUUGACUCUGUAUUUGUAAACUUCGGGCAACAUGUAGUUCACUCUCUAAACACUGCAGUACAAGCUUGGCAACAGAACAAAUGCCCUGAGGUAGAGGAGUUGGUCUUCAGCCAUUUUGUGAUCUGUAAUGACACACAGGAGACACUGCGGUUUGGCCAGGUGGACACUGAUGAAAAUAUUCUGCUGGCCAGUCUCCACAGUCACCAGUACAGCUGGCGCUCUCACAAAUCCCCACAGCUGUUACACAUCUGUAUUGAAGGUUGGGGCAAUUGGCGCUGGUCGGAGCCCUUCAGUGUGGACCACGCUGGGACUUUUAUUAGAACUAUUCAGUACAAGGGUCGAACUGCUUCGCUCAUCAUCAAGGUUCAGCAACUCAGCGGAGUGCAAAAACAGAUUAUCAUCUGUGGAAGACAGAUUAUCUGUAGUUACUUGUCUCAAAGUAUAGAACUAAAAGUUGUUCAGCAUUACAUUGGUCAAGACGGACAAGCUGUGGUUCGAGAACAUUUUGACUGCCUCACAGCCAAGCAGAAAUUGCCUUCAUACAUACUCGAAAACAGUGAACUGACCGAGUUGUGUGUGAGGGCCAAAGGAGAUGAAGACUGGUCGAGAGACGUGUGCCUGGAAUCCAAGGCCCCUGAGUAUAGCGUUGUCAUUCAGGUGCCAUCUUCAAACAGUUCCAUUAUUUAUGUCUGGUGCACAGUUUUGACUUUAGAACCCAGUUCUCAAGUGCAACAGCGAAUGAUUGUGUUCAGCCCUCUUUUUAUCAUGAGGAGUCAUCUUCCAGACCCCAUUAUCAUACAUUUGGAGAAAAGGAGUCUUGGAUUGAGUGAAACACAAGUUAUUCCAGGAAAAGGACAGGAAAAACCACUGCAAAACAUAGAACCUGACCUUGUACAUCACCUAACAUUUCAAGCAAGAGAAGAAGAUGAUCCAUCACAUUGUGCCGUCCCCAUCUCAACAUCCCUCAUUAAGCAAAUAGCCACUAAGAUACACCCAGGAGGGACAGUUAAUCAGAUCCUCGACGAAUUCUAUGGGCCAGAAAAGUCCCUUCAACCCACGUGGCCCUAUAAUAAAAAGGAUUCUGACAGGAAUGAGCAGCUGAGCCAGUGGGACAGCCCGAUGCGAGUGAAGCUGUCAGCCUGGAAGCCAUAUGUGAGGACCUUGUUGAUAGAACUGCUACCCUGGGCCCUGCUUAUCAAUCAGUCCAAGUGGGACCUCUGGCUGUUUGAGGGAGAGAAGAUUAUUCUACAGGUUCCUGCUGGCAAAAUUAUUAUCCCUCCUAAUUUUCAGGAAGCUUUUCAAAUUGGAAUAUACUGGGCAAAUACAAACACUGUGCACAAGUCGGUAGCAAUUAAACUGGUCCAUAACCUGACAUCUCCAAAGUGGAAAGAUGGAGGUAAUGGUGAAGUUGUGUCACUGGAUGAAGAAGGGUUUGUCGAUGCUGAAAUAACACUUGGCGCUUUCCCAGGGCAUCAGAAGUUAUGCCAGUUCUGCAUUUCCUCCAUGGUACAGCAAGGCAUACAAGUUAUUCAGAUUGAAGACAAGACUACAAUAAUCAAUAAUACCCCAUAUCAGAUAUUUUAUAAACCCCAGUUGUCUGUCUCCACACCCCAGUCUGGAAAGGAGUAUUUUCACAUUCCGGACGGUGCUACUUUCAGCCUUCACCCUGGUGGCGAGCAGCCUGCAGUGACGUUCAGCUCCCUUCCUUGCUGGGACUUAAGGCCUGACAUCAGUCAGUCAGCCCUGGAUGCAUCCCUGCUUCAGAAACAGAUCUUGCUGGCCUUUGCUCCUGCCGCAGCAGCCAACAGCUCCCAGUACUGGAGCCUGCCCGCCGUAGUUAGACAAGAGUUCCCCAGACAAAGUGUGGCAGUGCCCUUGGGGAGCUGUGGGGAAAAUGGAUUCUGUACCAGGGCUAUAGCACUGACCUAUCAAGAACACUUCGGAGUGACUUACUUAACCCUCUCAGAAGACCCUAGUCCUCGAAUAAUCUUCCACAACAGAUGUCCAGUGACGAUACUUAUAAAGGAAAACAUUAAAGAUAUUCCAAAGUUUGAGGUUUAUUGCAGAAAAAUCCCUCCCGAGUGCUCGGUUCAUCAUGAGCUGUAUCAUCAGAUGUCCAGUUAUCCAGACUGCAAGACCAGAGACUUACUUCCAAGCCUCCUCUUGAGAGUAGAAUUGCUGGAGGAGAUGACCACUGAAUGGAGUGAUGCCAUCGACAUCAACAAUCAGGGAACCCAGGUUGUGUUCCUGACUGGCUUUGGCUGUGUAUACGUGGACACUGUCCAUCAGGGUGGCACCAUCUUCAUCACUGUGGCCCCAGAAGGAAAAGCUGGACCCAUUUUAACUAACACCCACAGAACUCCGGAGAAGAUUAUGGCCUUGCGAAUGGUCAUCACUCAGUUGAGUGUGGCCGUUUUGGAUGACCUUACCCACCACAGGGUAUCGUCCGAACUUCUGCGACUCACACUGGACAACGUUUUUCUCCGGCUGGCCCCAGUGGCCGGUCACCUCCCUGGGGAAGAGGCGGCCGCAGCCCCGGUUCACCUUUACUGUGUGGAGGUCUGCUGCGGGGACCUGCAGCUGGACAACCAGCUGUACAACAAGUCCAAUUUCCACUUCGCCGUCUUGGUCUGCCAGGGGGAGAAAACGGAACCCAGCCCGUGUGCCAAAAUGCAGAGUCUCCUUGUGUCCAGCCACGAUUUGGAAGAAUACAGGAAGAAGUGUUUUAUCAAAUUCUGCCUCACCUUAGCAGAGGGCAAGAGCUGCUCCUUUGAUAUUAACGAGUUCAGUUUUGAAUUGAAACCUGCCCGGUUGUAUGUGGAAGAUACAUUUGUCUAUUACGUCAAAACCCUGUUUGAGACCUACCUUCCGAGCGGCGGCCCGGCCACUCACGCCCCGCUCCUGGCGGGGGGCACACAGGGGUUGCCCCUGCAAGUCCGGCAGCACGCCAGGGCCCUGGUGCAUCCUGUGAGGUUACGGAAGCUGGUGAUACAGCCCGUGAACCUCCUCGUCAGCAUCCACGCCUCCCUCAAGCUGUACAUCGCCUCGGACCACACUCCGCUCUCCUUCUCCGUGUUCGAAAGAGGCCCCAUCUUCACCACGGCCAGGCAGCUGGUCCACGCUCUGGCCAUGCACUACGCCGCGGGGGCUCUCUUCAGGGCAGGCUGGGUGGUUGGAUCCCUGGAAAUCCUCGGCAGCCCGGCCAGCUUGGUGCGAAGCAUUGGGAAUGGCAUCGCCGACUUCUUCAGGCUUCCUUACGAGGGGCUGACCCGAGGUCCCGGAGCCUUUGUGAGCGGGGUUUCCAGAGGGACAACGUCAUUUGUGAAGCACAUUUCCAAAGGUACCCUCACCUCCAUCACCAACCUGGCCACGAGCCUGGCCCGCAACAUGGACCGGCUCUCGCUGGACGAGGAGCACUACAACCGGCAGGAGGAGUGGCGGCGGCAGCUCCCGGAGAGCCUGGGCGAGGGGCUGCGGCAGGGCCUGUCCCGGCUGGGCAUCAGCCUGCUCGGGGCAAUUGCUGGUAUAGUUGAUCAGCCAAUGCAGAACUUCCAGAAAACAUCUGAGGCUCAUGCUUCGGCAGGACACAAGGCCAAGGGUGUCAUCUCAGGUGUGGGGAAAGGAAUCAUGGGCGUAUUCACAAAGCCCAUCGGAGGGGCUGCUGAGCUCGUGUCACAGACUGGCUACGGUAUUUUACACGGAGCUGGACUUUCUCAGCUUCCCAAACAGCGCUAUCAGCCAGGUGAUCUGCACGCUGACCAGGCUCCAAACAGCCACGCCAAAUAUGUCUGGAAAAUGCUUCAGUCUCUGGGCAGACCGGAAGUUCACAUGACCCUGGAUGUAGUUCUGGUGAGGGGCUCGGGCCAGGAGCACGAAGGGUGCUUGCUGCUGACAUCAGAAGUGCUCUUCGUGGUGAGUGUCAGCGAGGACACCCAGCAGCAGGCCUUCCCCGUCACGGAGAUCGACUGUGCACAGGACAGCAAGCAAAGCAACCUGCUCAUCGUGCAGCUCAAGCAGCCAAGAGUGGCCUGUGAUGUGGAGGUGGAUGGUACUCGAGAGAGACUGUCAGAGCAGCAGUAUAACAGACUUGUGGACUACAUCACAAAGACCUCUUGUCACCUGGCCCCCAGCUGUUCUUUUGUGCAGACACCAUGCCCCGUGGUGGCUGUGGAACCUCUACCCUCCACUGUGAAAACCUACCACUAUAUGGUCGACCCACCUUUUGCCCAAGUCUUCAUUAGUAAAUUUACCAUGGUGAAAAAUAAAGCCCUGAGGAAAGGGUUCCCUUGAGCCGCCUCUGAGGCACUGAUUCCUGCUUGUGCAGUUUUUGAAAAAGCCAUCUAAUGAGCUCUAACAUCUAAUAUGGACGCAAAACCAACACUGUGCUAGAAUUAAUUUUCUAACACCUUCUAAAACUAAUUCAGACUAUUCCUUUUCCCUAGAACUAAUAUUCUUUAAAAUGCAGUGAUACAAAAAAGCCCUUUUUCCUAUUUGGGGACAAUGAACAGAAUCCUAUUAUUAUGUCUUUAUAAUAGGAAAAGGAAUGCAUUAUCUACGUAUUUGUUACAUAUUUGUUAAAAAUUUGACUAUAAUUAUGAUCUGGAAACCUCUAACAAAACGUGGUAAGGCCUUGGAAUGGAGACAGGCUAAAACUUUAUCCCCAGUUGCAUCCGUUUUUAGGCCGAGGCGUCUUUUGCCUAACACCCUUAUCUGCAAACGCUGAAAUUCUUGAAAUGAAAUCAAACGCUUAGUAUAUUAUUAUUUACCUUGUUAAAUGUGUUCCUUAAAUGUGAUGUUGUUUCUUUCAGUGAAAGCCCCCAUUUGUAUCCUUUCUUUAAACAGUACAUUUUAUCAAAGUUUACAAAACAUUCUCAUGACUGUCCAGGUACCUUUUGGAAAAAGUUUGUUUUACUAGGCAAGCUUAGAGAAUCUAUGUCUACAGAUAAAAAACAGACCCAAAGUGCUCAGGUGAGUUUCUUUAGUUCCAUAAGCAAAAUACUACUGGGGAACUCCCUCUGAUACUCUCUUGUGGCAGGACUCUUUGGCCCUGAUGUACUGGUAGAACCAAGAACCCCAACAUUAACCUUGACAAUGAACCUGUCCAAGUAAGUUUCUUUUGUUGACUUGACUUGAUCAAGCAUAAAGAUAUUCCCAGUAUUUGAUAUUCUUUUAUAUUUAAAGAUGGAGUUGGCUGGGUGACAGGUACCACCUUUAAAAAUUCAGUAAAUAUCUCAUACUCCAGAUUAAAACACAUUUUCACUCAUUACAUCCAAACUUGGGCCUACAACCUGAUACCUACAAUUGUGAGAGGUUAAGAAAAUUCAAAUGCCUUCUUUAACUUAAGCCUCACGUUAUUGGUCGUAAGAAGUCACUGCAUAGUUGGACAAUUCUGGCUGAAUAUGAAAAAAAAUGGUUUCACCAUUACUUCGUUGUAUCAUAAUCAUUCAGGAAAGUGACAGUUUGGUCAAACUCAAGAGUAACUAUUUUUAAGAUGUAAAUAUGUACUUAGUCUUGUAUCUUUUAUGGUAAUUUUGCAUACUACUAAGAAUUGUUAUAUAAAAUUGUUUAAAAUAAAAGCAAUCCUUGAAUUACUGAUCACAAAUAGAUGUAUAUGGUCACCAGUUCUUAAAAAUGCAGGUUCUCACUAAUACCUGGUGAGGGAGGAAGGGGGGUGUUAUUACAGUUUAUGUUAUGGGGCCCAAAAUUUUGCAUGAUUUAAAAAGAAAUAAUUUUUGUUAACCUAAUAAAAAGAACUAGUGAUUAAUUUAGCUUUGGCUAAAAUACACUUAAUUCUUAUAGCUCUCCGUAGUAUCACUUUGACCACAACAAAAACAUCAUUAUUAAAGGGGAGAAAAGUCCUCUAAGACCUCCUCUGAAAAAAGCUGCCACAGUGUAAAUUAGCAGACAUUACUCAAGUCCCAUUAAAGUAACAUGGACCUUUCCUGGACUAGACAUGUAUUCCAUAUUGCACAUACAUACAAUUAGGUCUUCAAUAAAGCAGUGCUGAGUAAAAGCCCUUAAAUUUCAAUUACCUAUUAUGACAUCUAUCCAGGGGUUGGAGCCAGCAGGACUACCAGACAAUGACAAUGAAGUCCAAAGACAUUUUACUGGAAAGACAGUCUCUGUUUCCUUUUAAGAGCCCACAUUCUAGUAUUCACGUAGGCUCAUGCAGACCCCUUAAAUCCACGGCCCAGGCAGUACCUCAGUGAAAUAGACAAAAUGUGAGAGGAAUCAAAAAUGUCCUAAAACAAUGAAAUUUAAGAAAUAUUAGCAUCAAGUUAUCUUCGUAAGAUUCAUAGUUAAAAAUCCCCAACCAAUUCUAAUGCAAGUACCCUGAACUAUAUGUAUUAGUGAGAAUACGUGAGCAAAGACACCAGUAUUCACAGUAUUUGUUAACUGUUUAUUUAUCAAGAGAAACUACUUCUUAGCCCAGAUACUUGGAGCUCAUAGUUUCACAGUUCAGGAAAAUGGUUAAGUGACAAACUUCCAUGGAACUCAACCCAAAGAAAUUCUGUGGAGAAAAACAGAGUGGCAAAGUUAGUAACAAUCAUUUUCCUAACACGUCACCACCCUGAAGAUCCCCUGAGCUCCUGCUACCUGGGGAGUCCACACUUUGAUCAAUCCCUUUAAGCCCAGGAGCAGCGUGGUUCAGGCUGCCUGGACGCCAGGUCCGUUCUCCCACAUGCUCCCUGACCCCCCUCUUUUCCAUUGGGUGCACACACACCUUACUCUGAGGUUUCUUUGCUUUCAUUUACCAAAUUCUUUUUUUUUUUUUUCUUCAAGUCCACCUCCCUCCAUUCCUUCUCAUACCCAUGCUAUUCUUAAAAAGCAGCAGUUCAUCUGUUCUAAACAUUUCUAUUUCUGUCUCCAUUUCUGGUCCUCUUACUGAUUUUUACAAAAUAGCUUCUUAUGUAAGUAAAAGGUAGAAAAACAAGUAUUAAAAAAAAAAUCAGCCUGUUAACACUUGAUUAUGAAAUGCACAUUCACUGUGGAAGUUUUAAAAGUUUCAAAGGUACAAGAAAACAGCAAUGUUAAGAUUCCACACAGAACCCCUAAUAUUUUCUAUUAUCGUUUUACCUUUAGCCUUUUUUCUGGCCAUUUUUUUGCUUAACAUAGAUCACCCUUUACAUAAAACAUUCUUAAUUUUCUAUUUUUAUUAAUGUGUUACUGUGCAAUUUCUAAUAGACUUAACAGUCUCUGGCACAAAAGUUGUACUCAUCAAUUUUCCAACCACUGGAAAUAUAAAGUUGUUUUUCUAUUAUUAUAUAUUACACUGUGGCUACUUGAUGCAUAUAUCACUAUCUGCAAUUCAGAAACUUCCUUAAGAUAAACUACAGAAGUGGAAUGUAAAAGUAUUGAAUUCCGUAUCAGGAAAAAGUUACUUAUAUGCAAAAUUAUCCUUGAGUCUUUUGGAAAACUAAUCUGAGUCCAGUACAGCAGGUCUCCCCAACACACCAGAUCUGGAGAAAAGAUCACCAACACUCUCGCGCGCACACACAUAAUAUGGCAGGAAUGCUCACUCGGGAAGAGUGCCUAAAAAAAAUAGAUUCACAUUCCCCUUGCCACAUCAAACUCACACCAGGGUGACAGACAGGAUCUUUAACUCUGCCUGAACUGUUCUUACUUUUUUGAGCUUGAAUCAAGGUAAAUAUGUGAGUGACAAGAUUCCAGAGUAUGAACAGUUCUAUCAGGCAGGUACUGGACUCAUGCUUUCCAAUCAAUUUAACAGAUGACCUUUCAUCAGCACACAGGACAAAGAACCUGAAUUCACACUGUCCAUGAGGCAAAGGACCUUGUGGCCAUGACCAACCAAACCAGAAUACCUCGGGAAAGACUCCAAGUCAUCUAUGGACAUGCAACUUAACUAUAAAAGGUGUCAAAAACUUGUUUUUUAAAACACUUCUAAAAGUGUGGUUUGCCUAAUGCCGAUACAGCAAUACCAGCAUAACUUGCAAAAUGAUUCUGAACAUGAAAAUUAGCUUCUGUCAGCAAGACGGUACACUUAGGAAGCUCCCAUACCCCUACUCCCUCAGACAAAAAGCAACAACACAUGGAGCAAAGUGUCUUUGUGAGAACUGUAGAAAUCAGUUAAGCAGCAACCAAGCUAACACCUCAAUAAGAAAAAGCUGCACACAAAAUGGCAGGCUAUUUUGUGCAAUUUUCCUCCAACCUUACCCCACCCCUGCCUCAAUGCAGCAGUGUGGUCAUGAGGAAAGUGACCAAUUCCUGGCUCCUCCCUCAAGACAGAUGGAAAAGAGUAGACCCCGCACAAUGUUCUGGUUUGUCUUUGAGGGCUUCCCAAGGGACUGGUUCAAUCUUUGUCUCAGAGCACUGAUGAGAACAGUGACAGAGUUUAAAGGACUCAUGAGACACCAUCAAAAAGAAGGGGCAGAGAGUUUAUUGGAAGAAACAAGGGCCAAAAACUUCCCAAAUACAAGGUGUUACUUGAAAGUAAACGAACCAGAGACCCACACCAAGACUAUUAUAAUCCAACUGUCAAAACCCAAAGAAAAUGGAUCUUGAAAGCAGCCCCUUCAAAAAAACGAUUCAUCACCUACAAGGGAGAAACCUUGAAGGUCACAAGACUCUCAGGUGGUAAAUUUAAAGUGCUCACACACACAGAAAAAUACUGUAUCCAGCAAACAUGUCCUUCCAAAAUCAGGAAGAAAUUAAGAUAUUCCUAGAUAAACAAAAGCGAAAGGAUAAAGAGUUCAUUACUACUACAGCUGCAGUGAGAGUUCAAGUUGAAACAAAAGUACAGGAGACAGUAACUCAAAGAAAAGAAGUUCUCUGGCAAAGGUAAGUACGUAAAUAUAAAAGACGAUGUUAUUUUUGUUUCCCUAUCUCCACUUUUAAUUUUGUAGGAUUUAAAAGACCAAAGCAGAGUUCCCAUUGUGGCUCAGCAGUAACAAACCCAACUAGUAUCCAUGAGGACGCAGAUUCAAUCCCUGGUGUUGCUCAGUGGACUAAGGAUCCGGUGUUGCCGUGAGCUGUGGUACAGGCUGCAGAGGCAGCUCAGAUCCUGCAUUGCUGCAGUGUAGGCAGCUACAACUUCAACUGAACCCCUAGUAUGGUAGCUUCCAUAUGCUGAAGGUAUGGCCCUAAAAAGAAAAAAGAAAAAGGAAAGAAAAAGACAAAACACUAGAAAUCUAUGUUACUGGGUACACGAUAUUUAAAAAUAGAAUCUGUGACAUUAAAGUAGGGAGCUCCCGUUGUGACACAGCGGAAAUGAAUCUGACUAGAAACCAUGAGGUUGCGGGUUCAAUCCCUGGUCUUGCCCAGUGGGUUAAGGAUCCGGCACUGCUGUGAGCUGUGGUAUAGGUCGCAGACUCGGCUUGGAUCUUGUGUUGCUCUGGCUGUGGUGCAGGCCAGCAGCUCCAGCUCUGAUUAGACCCCUAGCCUGGGAACCUCCUUAUGCUGUGGAUGCGGCUCUAAAAGGCAAAAAAAAAAAAAAAAAAAAAAAGUAAAGUAGGAGAGCACAGUUGUAAGAGAACUUUUGAAUGUGACUUAAGUUGUUAGCAAUUUGAAAUAAAUUAUAAUAGUACUUAUACUUUCAAUGGCUAUAAGAACUAGAGAGAUGAUCAUUAAGAAAAUAAGGAUUUGAACACUAAAGACCAGUCACAUCUAAUACACAGAUACAGAACAUUCUACCUAACAGUAUAAGACUACACAAUUUUCUCAAGUACAUAUGGAACAAUUUCCAUGUUAGGCCGUAAAAUAAGAAAAAAAUGUUUAAAGACUACACCAUAAAUGCACUGAAAUUAAACAACAUACUGUCUAACAACCAUGGGUCAAAGAAAUUAAAAAAAAAAAAA